AUGAUUAUGAUGAUGAUGACGACGCUGUUUACUUUUGGGAAUUUCACUUGCCUUAACUUUUCUGUUUUAUCUUAUCUCGAUCUUAAGAUGAAGACCAACGCUGUGAAUUUGAAGUCACUAACGUCUUGUGAAUGUGAAUAUGGUUUUGAGUCGAAACUUCAAUGUGCUGAAUAUGUACUUAAUGAGUGGAGUUCGAGUUUGAGUUUGAGAAGACAAAGGAAAGUGGCUGGAAAAGGCGUCAAAAUCUGCCCCGAAACUUCAUCAAAACUUCCGAAAAAGAUGAAAAAACACUCGAAAUUCAGGUUUAGCGGAAAAGCUGAAAGCAUCGUGUUUAAUGGGAUAAAAUCCAUAAAUAUUUUCGAGAGCGCAGAACACUUUUGUGGGCAUCGCAACAUAACAAAACAACAGCAUCAGCAAGUAUUUAUCUCGUUCAGUCUUGAGCACAAAGAACUCGUGAACAUUUGCCAGCAAAUUGUCGACACCCGACAAAAACCGUCAUCAAGUGAUGAAGGGAAUUUCUAA